CUCUUCCUUCUCUCAUUCAUUCUUCUUCAGCAAACCCUAACCCUAACCCCCCUUUUCUCAAUUUCUCCUUCAAUUUCCUCUCAUUCCCGAACUCUCCGUCCUGAAACCCUAGCCAUCAGCUUCUGAAUUGGCAGAGAUUCUCAAUUUUUGUUUUUCCAAUUUCCGAUGGAUUCUCAGCAAAGCAAUCUCUUCGACGCGGCGUCUCAGCCUGACACCGCCAACGACGCCUACACAUUCCUCGAAUUUAACACGCAAGGUGAGGACUUCGAUUACCCGGAGUUUCGCGACCCGAUUCGCUCCUCCGUUUCCUGGCCCACGCCCUCCGAUUCCCUCUCGGACCCCGCCGACCGCGGCGGUGGGCCCGGAGGGACUGAUCACCAGUCCGACGCCUCGCCGGUAUCCACCUCCGGGCCCGGGAUCGCCUCCAAGGGCCGGCCCGGCAGCAGCGCGAGCAAUCAGGUGGUCGACUCCCUAGCGGCGGGGAUGAGCGGUCUCAACUUCGAGGACACCGGAGACGACGACAGUUACGAUUACGGAAAGGGGGAUUUCACCGUGCACGCGUGCCGCUAUUGCGGCGUCUCGAACCCGGCCUGCGUCGUGAGGUGCAAUGUGCCGUCGUGUCGGAAGUGGUUCUGUAAUUCGAGGGGAAACACGUCCGGUUCGCACAUUGUGAACCACCUGGUUCGAGCAAAGCACAAAGAAGUUUGCCUUCAUAAAGACAGUCCUUUAGGAGAAACAAUCCUUGAGUGCUAUAACUGUGGAUGUCGCAAUGUGUUCCUUCUUGGGUUUAUAUCAGCCAAGACAGAGAGUGUGGUUGUGCUUCUUUGUAGGGAACCUUGCUUAAGCGUCAAUGCAUUGAAGGAUAUGAAUUGGGACCUGAGCCAGUGGUGUCCCUUGAUCGAUGAUAGGUGUUUCUUGCAGUGGCUUGUUAAGGUGCCAUCUGAACAGGAGCAGUUGAGAGCUCGCCAAAUUAGUGCUCAGCAAAUAAAUAAGGUAGAAGAACUUUGGAAAACAAAUCCUGAUGCCUCACUUGAAGAUCUUGAGAAGCCUGGUGUGGAUGAUGAACCUCAGCCUGUAGUCUUGAAAUACGAAGAUGCAUACCAGUAUCAAAAUGUAUUUGCACCACUUAUUAAGCUUGAAGCUGACUAUGAUAAAAUGAUGAAAGAAUCUCAAAGCAAGGAUAAUGUCAUGAUUCGUUGGGAUAUUGGUCUUAACAAAAAGCGCGUAGCUUAUUUUGUUUUCCCAAAGGAGGACAAUGAGUUGCGGCUUGUACCUGGAGAUGAGUUGCGAUUACGUUAUUCUGGGGAUGCCGCUCAUCCAGCAUGGCAAUCAGUUGGGCAUGUGAUCAAGUUAACUGCACAGGAGGAAGUUGCUCUUGAACUUCGUGCCAGUCAGGGAGUGCCAGUUGACGUGAACCAUGGUUUUAGUGUUGACUUUGUUUGGAAAAGUACAAGCUUUGAUCGGAUGCAGGGAGCAAUGAAAACCUUUGCAGUGGAUGAGACCAGUGUUAGUGGGUAUAUAUACCAUCACUUGUUAGGCCAUGAAGUUGAGGUUCAGAUGGUUCGUAACACACUACCUCGUCGUUUCGGUGCACCUGGUCUUCCAGAGCUAAAUGCAUCUCAAGUUUUUGCUGUAAAGAGUGUUCUGCAGAAGCCUAUAAGUCUCAUUCAGGGCCCUCCUGGUACGGGAAAAACCGUUACUUCAGCAGCGAUUGUGUAUCACAUGGCCAAACAAGGCCAGGGACAGGUUUUGGUUUGUGCCCCUAGUAACGUGGCUGUAGACCAACUAGCUGAAAAGAUAAGUGCUACAGGAUUAAAGGUUGUUAGGCUUUGUGCAAAGUCAAGAGAAGCUGUAAGUUCUCCUGUUGAGCAUUUAACCCUUCACUACCAGGUUCGUCAUCUGGACACGUCCGAAAAGAGUGAACUACACAAAUUACAACAAUUGAAAGAUGAACAAGGAGAGUUGUCCAGCAGUGAUGAGAAAAAAUAUAAAGCACUGAAGCGGGCUACGGAAAGGGAGAUUUCUCAGAGUGCUGAUGUCAUAUGUUGCACGUGUGUUGGAGCUGGAGACCCUCGAUUGGCAAAUUUUAGGUUCCGCCAGGUGCUUAUUGAUGAAUCUACUCAGGCAACAGAACCUGAAUGCCUUAUUCCUCUGGUUCUUGGUGUAAAGCAGGUCGUUCUUGUCGGUGAUCAUUGCCAGCUUGGUCCAGUGAUUAUGUGCAAAAAAGCAGCUCGUGCUGGGCUAGCACAAUCUCUCUUUGAACGCUUAGUUCUACUUGGUGUGAAACCAAUUAGGUUGCAGGUUCAAUACCGUAUGCAUCCAUCUCUGUCAGAAUUUCCUUCUAACAGCUUCUAUGAAGGGACAUUGCAAAACGGAGUAACUAUCAAUGAAAGGCAGUCAUCUGGCAUUGAUUUUCCUUGGCCAGUUCCCAACCGCCCUAUGUUCUUUUACGUGCAGAUGGGACAAGAGGAGAUAAGUGCUAGCGGAACAUCUUAUCUGAAUAGGACCGAGGCGGCUAAUGUUGAAAAGAUUGUAACCACAUUCUUAAGGAGUGGCGUAGUUCCUAGUCAGAUUGGGGUCAUCACUCCAUACGAGGGACAAAGAGCUUAUAUUGUAAACUAUAUGUCAAGAAAUGGUGCUCUGAGGCAGCAGCUUUACAAGGAAAUCGAGGUUGCAAGUGUUGAUUCAUUUCAGGGAAGGGAAAAAGAUUACAUAAUCCUGUCAUGUGUUCGGAGUAAUGAACAUCAGGGCAUUGGAUUCCUUAAUGAUCCGCGUAGGCUCAAUGUUGCUUUAACACGUGCUCGAUAUGGGAUUGUGAUUCUUGGAAACCCAAAAGUUUUAAGUAAACAGCCGUUGUGGAAUAGCUUACUGACUCACUACAAGGAACAUGAGUGCUUGGUUGAAGGGCCUCUAAAUAACCUGAAGCAGAGUAUGGUCCAAUUUCAAAAGCCUAAAAAGAUAUAUAAUGAUCGUCGUCUUUUCUUUGGUGGUGGUCCUGGAGUUGUGCCUAGUGAUAAUUAUGCAUCUGUUUCCCCUUCUAACCAAAAUACUGAAAGAAGAAGCAGUCGUGGUAGGGGUUCUUACAUACCUCCUGCACCACCCAAUGGAACCCAUAAGCCUGGCUUGCAUCCUGCUGGGUAUCCAAUGCCUCGAGUACCCCUUCCACCAUUUCCUGGUGGCCCUGCUUCUCAACCAUAUGCUAUUCCAACUCGUGGAGCUGUACAUGGACCAGUUGGAGCAGUGCCUCAUGUUCCCCAGCCUGGGACCCGAGGUUUCGGUGCUGGACGUGGCAAUGCUGGUGCUCCUAUUGGCAGUCAUCUUCCCCACCAGCAAGGGACUCAGCAACCUAUUGGAAAUAUUGGAUCCACCUUUAAUUUCCCCUCUUUGGAAAAUCCAAAUAGUCAGCCAUCCGUGGGUGGUCCAUUAUCUCAACCUGGAUUUGUUAAUAAUAUGCCAGUUCAAGCGGCAACCCAAAAUUUUAGGGAUGGAUUUUCCAUGGCUGGCAUGUCUCAGGACUUCUUGGGUGAUGACUUUAAGAGUCAGGGAUCACAUGUUCCUUAUAAUGUUGCUGACUUCAAUACUCAGGCUUCUCAAAGUGGAUAUGGUGUUGAUUAUGUCACACAAGGAGCACAAGGUGCCUUUCCAGGAAACUUUCUGAACCAGAGCUCUCAGGCUGGCUAUUCUCGCUUUGGUAGUGGGAAUGACUUCAUGUCUCAGGACUAUAUGGCUCAUGGAUCACAAGGUUUGUUUACUCAAGUUUGCAUGAAUGAUCCAUCUCAAGAUGAUGCAUCACAGAGCCACUAUGGUGUGGCCAAUGCCAAUCAACUUCAGUCUCAGGGCUUUAUGAAUUCUCUAUAUUCUCAGCCCUUCACCCAUUACAACACACAGCCAAUGAACUUGCAGGCCCCACAGCAGCAGCCUCAGCAGAGCCAGAGCUCUCAAAAUCAGAAAAUCCACUACAAUGGUUGAAGUGACCAUAGGGAAUAAUUGAUGUGAUGGGUUAUAGUCUUUGCAUUCAGCAACUCCAGUUGUGCUUUCUUGUGUGCCUGAAUUACGUGCCCUGAAGUGCGGAAAGGAUUGCUGUUUUGAGGUCAGUUUAGUUAUCUAUCUCCGUUACCCAUAUAGGUGACAUACUUUUUGGGUGUUGGAAUAAGAUUUGCACGACUGGGGCAAAAAUGACCAAGGGUAUUUUUGAGUGAAGCACAAGCGGCACAUCUGGGGCUGAGAAAGAAAAUGAUAACCCUGAUUACGUGCUUGGAUGUUUUGUGUUGAGGAAAAGACUUGAGAACUUCUUAGAGGAUGAGAGCAUUACAUGGCAUGGUUUUGGCGAAAGGGUUUCGGACACUGGAAUAGGCGGGGGGCUAUUUAAAUUGUGACUCGCAGGGAAAGACCCAAUUCUUCAUACAGAUAAAGGAGUUUACAGAAAAAGGAAAAUUUUUGUACAGCAUGCCGGAAAAGGUCGCCUAUAACCCUUUUAGCUCUUCCUAACAUGUAAUUAUACUCUUAACGUCGUGAUUAAAUAGAGCGUUAAUAUACCUUAACAGAGUGGUUAUUUGGUAGAAACAGAACCCUUGGUGGUAUAUGAAAGUGUGACAUUGGUUUUUA